AUGGCGUUUGCUGGGAAAAAUUUUAGUUUGUCCCAGCCGGAUAUCACGCAAAAACGAACGGAGCGCAUAGAUGACCUGAAGCAAAACAUCGCUGCUUGGGGGAAGCGGAUUCGACGAUUUAGUGAGAGGUCAUGGCGGUUCAACCAGAAUCGUCUCUUCCAGAGUGAUCUGAAGAGGCUCUAUAAAUCAUUGGAGCGACCAGAGGUAUGUGGAGCGGACCCAGGACCGGAUCAGGCUGACACUGUCGCAUUUUGGCGUGGCCUGAGGUCAGAGCCCGUAAACCACAGCGAGGGCCCUUGGAUGGAAGUUGUGGCGAGCCAGAGUGCAAGUGUUACGCCUAUGGACCCCGUCACCAUAACGCCUGAAGACGUGGCUGAGGCGGGCGAAAGGGGGAGAAAUUUGGAGGUUUUGCGUAUCGGGCAAGGAUGCAUCGACUUUUUGCUGAGUUGGAGCUAUCUGUUAACAGUCACCGAGCAAAACCUGGCAGACCGAGUUUGGUAUAUCUUGCGCUCAAAUACAUUUGAUGUCACCGAAUUCGAACGGCUACGACGUGAGGCUGUUCCUUUAUCGGAUGAAAAUGCUACGACUGAGGAUGCGCCACCACAACUUGCACAGCAACCGGCAAACGUGGAUGCCGCCGUGAAUACCCCAGUUUUGGUUGAUUCAAACGAUGAUGGAACAGUCGCCCAGGAACUGGAACUGGAGCAAAUGUGGAGUACAUUGGAUGAGGCGAUUUUGGAAACGCGCAGUACGCCUGUCGAAAAUCGACCGCGACUUCCCCCGCAUAGCCCUAAGCAAGCGGAAUCGGGCUAUCGUGAGAGCUCUGAACCCAAUGCUGGUGUCCUAUUUGGAAGCCAGCCGGGACCUUUGCGAGACGGAUUCAAUUCUCUUUGGCGCCGCACUGGCAGUCUGACGUAUUAUAGGCGCCAAACUUUCCACGGCUGGACGCACUACUGGGCAAAGUAG